UUGGCCGUUCAGAGCUGUGUUGCUUGUUCUUGUUUGGCCGGCUAUAAAAACGGCUACGAACCAAACGACGUGGCCAGCGAAACAGUCCAUGUAUUUCUGGGUAGUUACGCAGUGGAAUUGUUUCAAAGGGAUGCUCUCGAGGAGGUCCUAAAGCUCUUAACAACUAACACUGAGAGUCCGUACGUCAUAUGGAACAACGAAACGCGUGCUGAACUGCUGGAACUUAUUCACGCAUAUCAGAGCUCAAAUGAACCUUAUCGUGUAGAUUCCGAUGGACCAUUUGUUUACAGUGUUGUCAAAAAUGAGCUGAUGGUCGGAAGCGUUUACAUCCGGGUCUACAACGAAACUCCUACCUUCAAAAUAACCGAUCCGGUAUCGCUCUGCACUCAGAUAUUUGACUUUAUUGAAGAACUCGAAAAGCGACUUGAUAAUGCAGAAGUGAUUAAUCGACCAACCUACUCUCGCGAUUUGAAAAUUAUUGUUUCUGAUAUAAAUUCAGUCCUACAGGCACUCCUCAAUCUUUAUUCCUCUAAUGCAGGUUUGGAAACAGUCACCGUCGGCUACUUCAGGUCGUUGUUUCGGCUCCUGACUAUCGGUUCUGAUGCCGACUGCUGGAAGUUAGCCAUUCAGUUGCUUUUAGUUGUUACUCAGAACGAAAACUGCGUUGCGGACAUCGCCCAGUCAACAGAAUGGUUUCCUUGUUUGUUAACGUUGGCAAUUUCGACCAGCGAGAGCAUAUCUGCUGUGUUUCAGUUAUGCAUGAAUUUGGUGUCCAACGCGAGGAUGACCUCAGACUUUUUGGAAAGAGGUCUUUUUGUUGUAAUUAUGCAUGUGAUUUGUAUCUCAAACCAUGCAGAUCGACGACUAUUGGCGGUUCGUUUGCUGCUUAAGUUGCAACUCUCAAAGCUGCAUGGUCCUCGAUGGACCAAACUUCUGCAGACGAUGCUGCCGACUAUUUUUGUUGAUACAAUGCAGGAAAGUGGCGAGGCGUUUCUGAAGCUAUUCGACGAUACAUCUGAAAAUCCGGAACUGAUCUGGAACCCACAGAUUCGUACGGAAGUCGUGAAUGCACUCCAAAUAGAGUACAACAGCUACUGCCUGAACUACUUAAAGCCCGGAUACGUGUGGAAGCUCUCAGACGAUUUUCAAGCGAAAGUGAGCGUUGUCCAUUCAUCUGAAGUGGCUAUUGGAGGCGUUUACUUGCGUCUUUAUCUUCGCAAUCCAAAGUGGAGCCUUCACAGCCCAAAAACGUUUCUUGUCCAGCUGCUGGCCGCUGCAGAAAACGAACUUCGCCAAGAGGCUCCUGAUCGCCAAAUGGCGUCGCUGAUCCGUAAAUGCGUUGCAACUUUGCUGGCAAACUAUCCUUAUCUGGCUGACCAGGCAUACUCCCUUAAUUAUGUACCGGUAUUUUGUGGUCUUUGGAAUUCUGACGACAUGGUAGUCGUUCGAACAGUCGUUGCAUUGUUGUGUGAGUUUUCCUCUUCUCAGGUUUGCGCCAAGUACAUUUGCAACCACGCCAGUACGGUCAAAGGCCUUAGGCGAACGAUGGACGGUUUUCCAAAUUUACUUCAUGACACGUGUCGGCUUGUUCGCGUCCUUUCUGCGCAAAAUUCCAACAACUUCGUCGAAAAUGCACUCCGCCAUCGUUUCGUCGAAUUCCUUUUGCAGUUUCUCAAAUCUGAUAUCCCGGAAGUACAAAAUUCGAUGGCGGUUAAAGCUGAAGUGGUUACGGCUCUAAAACUUAUGUCAAACAAUUCUGUUCAUGGCCAGUCGGUAUCGAACGUGCUGAACAAAUCAUCAAUUUGGACCGAAUUUCAGGAUCAGAAGCAUGACCUCUUCCUUUCAGGUCCAUCACAAAUUGCCUCGUUGCCAGGUUAG